UACAGCGAGUAAAUACUGUGCCAGAAGGGGGUACUUUCGGUGUGUUCGAUGUAUCGGCUAUUGCACGCCGUUCGCCGUUUAGUGCUCGCCCGCUCGUUCGCCCCCGACCUCCUCCUUCUGACCUGCCGCCGACGAUAAAGGCCACACACGUUAGCCUCACUCUCCGCGUCGCGAGUGAGUUGUCGCAAGCAGAAAAAUCGCGAAGAGCGACCAGCGACGUUUCAUUGUGCGUCGACGUCGUCCGUUGACAGUUACCGUUGACCUUCUCCUCUUUCUCGCGGUAACGCGAUCUGUGCCAGAGCGCGACGGGGGAGGGCACGAUGUGGUCCCGGUCAUCAGUGUUCCCGCUGGUCGUCUGCGUCGUUGCGACGACGGCACUCGCCACAACGGCACCGGGGGUGCAGGAGGUGUGCCGACAGGGUGUCGGCGACGAGCUGAUCUGGGAGUAUGACGUCAGGAGGCCGCAGCGCAGCGGUGGCUAUCAAGAGGUCGACGCGGAGUACGGGCCGACGGAGGCGAGGAUCACCUGCAUCAGGAUCGACUCGCUGUCGGAGGAGGAGAAUGGCGCCGCGUGGGUGACAUUGGGCGGGAUUGGUAGCAACUACGUGAAGCUCAAGUUCCGCUCCAGGUACUCGCGGGGUCUUCACUACAGGGUCUACGUCUACGGUCUACGUCUGUCCAUUCUGAAGCAAACCUCCGCGCGGCCAUCCUCAUGAGGACUUCGGCAACCCCACCGGAUCACCACCUUUCGUACUUUGCUACACACAAGCACUUCUGUCUGUUUCCACCUUUAGGGUGAUAUUCAUGUAGUCGGAUCCUAUAUUUCAGAUCAUCUUAAGCGGCAAAUUAUUUUUUCAGACCGAAAAGCAACAGUAUUCAGGAAUUUAUUUAAAGAUAACUACUAAAUAAAUAUGUUUGAACUUUAUAUAUAUGUAAUUAAGCAACAUUUAAAUAAAAAUAUUUAUUUUUUUUUGCAUGGUGGCAGGAGGUGACGUCACAGCAUCUAUUGUCUACAGCCCCUGCAUGCCUUUCUGGUUUUUAUGAUCUACGUUUGUACAACAGUUCAAUCAAGAAAAUUUUUUAUAAAAUGGUGUAAUAGUUAUAGUCUCUCUCUCUCGAGCCAGAAUUUUUGUUCUUAAAUAAUUGAAUUUUUGGCUCAUUUAAAAAAAUUAAAAUUUCUUGUUAAAAUUAGCUUAUGUUUUAUUUUAUUAAAAAAAAAAAAAAAAAAAAAAUAAAAAUUCUAGCCAAAGAGGUUAUAAUUAUGACACUAUUUUAUAAGAAAGUUUUUUUAUUGUUUAGUUUUCUUUGAAUAAAUUGCCGAAUAUUGUUGCUCUUCUUGGUCUGAGAAAGAAAGUUGCUUUCUUAAAACAAUCUUAAAUAUAAAAUCGGACUAUGAAUACCGGAUAUUAGAUAUCUGAUCGCCUCCUAUCACGACAGACUGAUCUUAAAAUGUAUCUCAAAGGAAAGCGUCCAAUAUUACGUGGCGAAGCGAUUUUAUAUAUAUAUAUAUAUAUAUAUAUAUAUAUAUAUAUAUAUAUAUAUCCUGAUAUGUUCUUAUCGUAUUGUUUAUAUCACUAAGCUACUGUCUACCAUUUUGUAUCGACGCGUAUGUGGAUAAUUGAAUGUUUUUCUACACACGAUAAUGCAUAUUGUAGUUUGUCGAAGAAUUUAUAUCCUGAACUUUAAUAAAGUUCGCGAUUGCAACGCUA